AUGCCAGCUGGUAUUAUGAUUCCAGCAAGAAACAUGCCCUCGAUGAUCGGAAGGAACGGCAACGUUGGUGGCUUUGGAUUAUCUUCAGGGCUCUCUCUUGGUCAGAUUGAAAGUCAUAAGGCUUCGGAAUCUCAAAGAUCUGUAGAAAUGUUCCAGCCAAACUUGAUGGAAGCUGGUCAGCUUCUCCCACUGGACAUGCCUCAGAACACUUCAGAGAGCGAUGUCCCAAGAAUCCGUGAAGAUGACUUUGACAGUGCCACCAAGUCAGGAAGUGAAAACCAAGAAGGUGCUUCCGGUGAAGACCAAGACCCUCGUCCCAACAAGAAGAAACGCUACCACCGCCACACUCAGCACCAGAUCCAGGAAAUGGAAGCUUUCUUUAAGGAGUGUCCGCACCCUGAUGACAAGCAAAGGAAGGAGCUGAGUCGAGAGUUAGGGUUAGAGCCAUUGCAGGUUAAGUUUUGGUUCCAGAACAAGCGCACUCAGAUAAAGACCCAACAUGAGCGCCAUGAGAACACACAGCUCAGAACUGAAAACGACAAGCUUCGAGCUGAUAACAUGAGGUUCAGGGAAGCUCUAAGCAAUGCUUCGUGUCCUAACUGUGGAGGACCAACCGCUAUAGGGGAAAUGUCAUUCGAUGAACAUCACUUGAGGCUUGAAAAUGCGCGCCUCAGAGAAGAGAUUGAUAGGAUUUCUGCGAUUGCUGCAAAGUACGUGGGGAAGCCUGUGGUGAGUUAUCCACUUCUUUCUCCUUCAUCUGUUCCUCCGCGGCCACUUGAGCUUGGGAUUGGAGGUGGUUUUAGUGGCCAGCCUGCGGGCAUUGGUGGGGACAUGUAUGGUGGAGCUGCAGGAGAUCUUCUUAGGUCAAUCACUGGACCUACUGAAGCUGAUAAGCCCAUCAUAAUAGAGCUUGCUGUUGCAGCCAUGGAGGAGCUCAUUGGAAUGGCGCAAAUGGGUGAGCCUCUUUGGUUGACUACCCUGGAUGGCACUACCAAUGUGCUCAACGAGGAUGAAUACAUCAGGUCUUUUCCUCGAGGGAUUGGUCCUAAACCCGCUGGUUUCAAGUGUGAAGCUUCACGGGAAACUGCUGUUGUUAUCAUGAACCAUGUUAGCCUUGUUGAGAUUCUCAUGGACGUGAACCAAUGGUCCACAGUGUUCUCUGGCAUUGUUUCAAGAGCAAUGACUUUGGAGGUGUUAUCAACAGGGGUGGCGGGGAACUACAACGGUGCACUGCAAGUGAUGACAGCAGAAGUACAAGUACCUUCACCUCUGGUGCCAACUCGAGAGAGCUAUUUUGUAAGGUAUUGUAAGCAGCAUGGGGACGGGACUUGGGCUGUAGUGGACGUGUCCUUGGAUAAUUUGCGUCCUAGUCCCUCAGCCAGAUGUAGAAGAAGGCCUUCAGGUUGCUUAAUUCAAGAAAUGCCCAAUGGCUACUCAAAGGUCAUAUGGGUUGAGCAUGUUGAAGUGGAUGACAGAGGCGUUCACAAUCUAUACAAGCAGCUUGUUAGCUCUGGGCAUGCAUUUGGUGCAAAACGUUGGAUUGCAACCUUGGAUCGACAAUGUGAGAGGCUUGCUAGUGCCAUGGCCACAAACAUUCCCACAGUAGAUGUUGGUGUGAUAACAAACCAAGAUGGGAGGAAGAGUAUGCUGAAACUGGCAGAGAGAAUGGUUAUAAGCUUUUGCGCUGGAGUGAGUGCAUCUACAGCACACACAUGGACAACGCUCUCUGGAACUGGAGCUGAUGAUGUAAGGGUCAUGACACGUAAAAGUGUAGAUGAUCCAGGAAGGCCUCCUGGCAUUGUUCUCAGUGCUGCAACUUCUUUUUGGCUCCCAGUGUCACCAAAAAGGGUUUUUGAAUUCCUCCGCGAUGAGAACUCCAGAAGUGAGUGGGAUAUUCUUUCCAACGGUGGAGUAGUCCAAGAAAUGGCGCACAUUGCCAAUGGACGAGACACUGGAAAUUGUGUCUCUCUACUUCGAGUGAAUAGUGCGAACUCAAGCCAGAGUAACAUGUUGAUAUUGCAAGAGAGUUGCGCAGACUCAACGGGGUCAUUUGUGAUAUAUGCUCCUGUAGAUAUUGUGGCAAUGAAUGUGGUUCUGAAUGGAGGGGACCCUGACUAUGUGGCCCUUCUUCCUUCAGGAUUUGCUAUUCUCCCAGAUGGGACCACUGCACAUGGAGGAAGCAUUGGUGACACUGGACAUGGUGGAUCUCUCUUGACAGUGGCCUUCCAAAUCUUGGUUGAUUCAGUUCCGACGGCAAAGCUCUCUCUUGGAUCUGUUGCCACUGUUAACAAUCUUAUUGCCUGCACUGUUGAGAGAAUCAAGGCUGCUUUAUCUGGUGAAGUUGCUUGA